CCUCUUAUAUCUAGUAGACCAACUAGGGAACCCCUCUCUCUCUCUGUCUCUCUCUCUCUCCCCUUGCAAGCACCUUUCUUUCACAACUCAUAACCAAGAAAGAAAAAAAAGCAGAUCCAAGGUGGUUAAGCUGUCAUUCUAUCAAUCAAUCAAUCAAUCAAUCAAGCAGACCAAUCAUCAAUCAGUUUUUAAAAGAAAAGGAAAUCAAAAAAAUGUCCUCCUCUUCUACCUUGUCUUUGGACCACCUUCCUCCCUCGGAGCAGCUCUGUUAUGUCCAUUGCAACAUUUGCGACACUGUCCUCGCGGUGAGUGUCCCUUGCACCAGUUUGUUCAAGACUGUAACGGUAAGAUGUGGGCACUGCACCAACCUCCUGCCAGUGAACAUGCGAGGGUUGCUUCUGCCUUCGGCUAAUCAGUUUCAUCUCGGUCACUCUUUCUUCUCUUCUUCCCAUAAUCUUCUGGAAGAGAUACCAAAUCCAACCCCAAACUUCUUGAUCAACCAGACCAACGCGACUGAAUUCACCAUGCCUCCACGGGGAGGAGUCGAUGAGCUUCCCCGCCCACCAGUCAUUAAUAGACCUCCGGAGAAGAGACAGAGAGUUCCCUCCGCGUACAACCGCUUCAUCAAGGACGAGAUCCAACGCAUCAAGUCCGUAAAUCCCGAUAUAUCCCACAGAGAAGCCUUCAGUGCCGCUGCCAAGAAUUGGGCCCACUUCCCACACAUUCACUUUGGUCUCAUGCCUGACCAGACUGUGAAGAAGACAAACGUUCGCCAGCAGGAAGGAGAGGACGUCCUGAUGAAAGAUGGGUAUUUCGCUUCAGCUAAUGUGGGUGUUUCUCCCUACUAAAAAGAAAGGAAGUAAAAAGCUUGUGCAUGGGAUCGAUAUAGUAGUGGUGGGAGAACAAUUUUCAAGUUGAGAUCGAUGUAGUUUAACUUCUUUAUAACCCAUCUGCAAAUCAAGGUUUCUCUUAAUUAAUGUUGAUACUACUACUUCUCUAGCUAGCUAGACUCUACUUUUUAGAUCUUCUGUUUCUGCAGCUUCUCUUGGAAAACCUAAUUAUUAUGUUGGAAGACCUGAUCGAUCUUAUCCUUUUACUACUUGUGACAUUUCUUAACAAUGUAGGUUAUGUAGCUACCUCCUAAUUAAUCCAUCAACUACUUCGCCUUAUUACA